AUGGAAGAUUCGAUGGACAUGGACAUGAGCCCGCUGAGGCCUCAGAACUCCCGUUUCAGAGGUGAACUAAAGGCUGACAAAGAUUAUCAUGUUAAGGUAGAUAAUGAUAAAAAUGAGAGGCACCAGUUAUCACUAAGAAUGGUCAGUUUAGGGGCUGGGGCAAAAGAUGAACUGUACAUCGUUGAGGCAGAGGCAAUGAAUUAUGAAGGCAGUCCAAUUAAAGUAACACUGGCAACUUUGAAAAUGUCUGUACAACCAAGGGUUUCUCUUGGGAGCUUUGAAAUUACGCCACCUGUGGUCUUAAGGUUGAAGUGUGGUUCGGGGCCUGUGCGUAUUAGUAAACAACACUUAGUAGUUGUGGAGGAAGAUGCAGAAUCAGAAGAUGAAGAGGAGGAGGAUGUAAAACUCUUAAGUAUGUCUGGAAAGCAAUCUGCACCUAGAGGUGGAAACAAAGUUCCACAGAGAAAAGUAAGACUUGUUGCUGAUGAAGAUCAUGAGAAGGAUGAAGAUGAUGAUGAGGAUGAUGAUUUUGAUGAGGAUGAAGCUGAAGAAAAAGCUCCAAUGAAAAGCCUUCAAAAAACAGGAAAAAAAAAUAAUAAACCUCCUAAAACACCAAAAGGACCUAGUUCUGUUGAAGACAUUAAAGCAAAAAUGUAAGCAAGUAUAAAAAAGGCACAUUGAACAGUCCUGGGCACUACUGGUAAAUAAAGCCCAAAGAUGGGGAAAGAGGAAAAGGAGAAA